UUGUGGACUACCAAGUGAGCCGGAAAACUUAAACGCUUUAAAAUUAAGUGAGUUCAACAUUUUGUUCCCUGAUGGAAGAAUUCCAGCAGAAGCAGUACAUUCACUCGACGCAACAUCUAAGUACACAUCCGGGACUUGCGUUCUUUCGUGUCCCCUUCUCCCAACCAAACGAGCUCCUUCAAAAUAUUCUCAUCGGAUGCGACAAAACACCACUGACUGAAGGCCAACGCAAUCCCGAACAUCAAGUUAUAGAGAGUGAGGUGGAAGAUGAGGAGAGGAAAUCCAGGCCACGACGAGGUACUGAUAAAACUGUCCCACAGAUGUCACUUUAGAAGAUCUUCAUCCUGAGAACCAAGCUGCCUUCCACGUUAAACAGGAGUCGGACAUGCCGUGCAUCAAAUAUGAGGCGGCGCCAGAGAAUUUCAGCGUUAAAGAAGAACAUGAGGAUAAAACCACCAAUUUUCCAAUGACUAUCAGUGUGAAGAGCGAAGAAGAUGACAUAGAGAGCGGAGCAGCGAAACCUUCGAGCAACAGCUCAUUUCAGCACCUGACAACAAAAGGAGAAGGACGAUCGCAACCGGACGGGCUCUUAGCUCCUCUUUCGGACAGCGACGACGUGACUUCACACUCUUCUGACUUUAACACUGAUGAAGAAGAUGAUGACUUUGACCGAAAUGCUUCGAAAUCCUUAAACAAGUCAUCAUUGACCAGAAACACAAAAGAAUGUGCGGGUGGGAAACCUUUUGCUUGCUCAGUUUGCGAUAAAAGAUUCACUAAGAAGAGCUGUUUAGACAUACACACAACAACACACACUGGAGGGAAUUCUUUUGCCUGCUCCUUUUGUGAGAAAAUAUUUUGUUGGAAGUAUCAGUUGACAAGACACACGCGUAUGCACACUGGAGAAAAGCCUUUUGCCUGCUCACUUUGUAGUCAAAGAUUCACUCAAAAGGGACAUUUAGUAUUGCACACAAGAAACCACACUGGAGAGAAGCCUUUCGGCUGCACACUUUGCGAUAAAAGAUUUUCUCAGAAGACUUAUUUAGACCUGCAUAAGCGUACACACACUGGAGAAAAGCCUUUUGUCUGCACAUGCUGUGGUCAAAGAUUCACCGAGAAGGGAACUUUAAACAGACACGCAAGAACACACACUGGAGAAAAGCCUUUCGCCUGCUCAUUUUGUGAGAAAAAAUUUUGUCUGAAGCAUCAGUUGACAAGACACACACAAACACACACUGGAGAAAAACCCUUUGUCUGCACUUAUUGUGGUAAAAGAUUCGCUCUGAAGUUAACUUUAAAAAGACACACAAGAACCCACACAGGAGAAAAGCCUUUUGUAAAAGAUUUGACAAGAUCAGCUAAGAAGGGACAUUUAUUAUCGCACGCAAGCCACACUGGGGAAAGCCUUUGAAUUGCAGUGUGUGUGACAAAGUAUUCUGAAUCCUGCCACGCAUUUACUGUGGAAAAAGCAUUUAAAUUUCCUUUUUCUGUUUUUAAUGAGCCUGUUUUGAAAAAGUUGUUUAAUUAAAUGAUUUUGCAGGUCCUGUUUUUUACCAAAUCCAAUAUUCUUGUUUUUUGUUUUUUGAUUUUUUUUUAAAAUAAAGUGUGUUACAUCUCUUUUCGUUG